CGCUGUGAUGACGUCACCGAAGCCGGCCGUGGGUCAGGGGGCGCGGAGGCGGUGGUGGGGUUUGCACCGCACUGUGGGGUCUGUGGAUGCUGCGGCUUUCCCGCGGCCAACCCCGCGCUCCAAGGCCACGGCUCCGUGCUCGGGGACCCCUGCAGCCCUCUCCCUGGCUCUGGGACCCCGGUUCUCCCGUCCCUGGGCCCCGCAGCGCUCCCACUGCGGGCCCCCGCGGUCUCGUUGUCCAGUGUCAAUGUCUCGGCUCGUGUAUCCCGGCCGCCGGAUCCGGUUUCCCCGCUGCAAUCUCACCCCGGCACUGGGGGAUCGGAUUCGGAGCCUGGAGGGAGGGUAAUGAGCCCUGAGCACCGGGCAGGAGUCGUCAUGUUCCUGUUCAUCCGCAGCCCCCAGCGCCGCGUCCCCGGCAGCCCACUGCCCUCCCCCUGCCGAGCCCCCCCGGGGGUGAAAAGGGGCCGCCGCAACCCCCGGGGGCACCGGAGUGCUGGGGGGGGGCGGCGGAGCACCGAGGAGCCCCAGCUGCCCCCCACUUCCAGCCUCUGUUACUAUAAAAAAACCCCGUCCUGGCGCGGCCGGGCCAGAGCGGCGGCCCCCCAGGACUGCGCCAGGUGGCCCCCCGGGGGGACCGGUUAUGCCUGGGCACCCCUGGCCAUGGGCAACUGCACCAAGACCCCUGAGAGAAGGCUCUCCAAGGACGGGAAGCAGCGCUCCGGCCCCCCCGGUCCCCAGGAUGGUGAGGAGCUGGCAGAGGCUGCGCAAUCACCACCGCUGCAGAGCUACUCAGUGCUGCAUGGGCUUGUGGGGCCGGCGUGCAUCUUCCUCCGACAGAGCAUUGCCAUCACACAGCUGGACCGGGAGCUGCGGCCGGAGGAGAUCGAAGAGCUGAAGCAAGCCUUCAAGGAGUUUGACAAGGACCGUGAUGGCUACAUCAGCUACAAGGACCUGGGCGAGUGCAUGCGCACCAUGGGCUACAUGCCCACCGAGAUGGAGCUCAUUGAGCUGUCCCAGCAGAUCACAGGCGGCAAAGUGGAUUUUGAUGACUUUGUGGAGCUGAUGGGCCCUAAGAUGCUGGCGGAGACGGCGGACAUGAUCGGGAUCAAGGAGCUGCGCGACGCCUUCCGUGAGUUCGACACCAAUGGGGACGGGCAGAUUAGCAUGGCGGAGCUGCGGGAGGCCAUGCGGAAGCUGCUGGGGCAGCAGCUCAACUACCGUGAAGUGGAUGAGAUCCUCAAGGAUGUGGAUCUCAACGGGGACGGCCUGGUGGACUUUGAAGAGUUUGUGCGGAUGAUGUCGCGCUGAAGGGCCGGGAGCCGCCGCCGUGCCUUACCGGGAGGAAGAGGGGAGAAGGUCUCCCCGGGCCUGUGCUCCGGGGGGGGGAGCCCUGAUC